GAGUUCCAUAAUCUACCAUGACAUCAGCAACCCUCCUGAAUGAUGAAUGGUUGGAGUUGAAGCCCCUAGCAUUAAUAAUGAUACAAAAUAAUCUCCAAAUAAUCUCAAGAUGUGAUGAAUGUGUGUGUAUAGAACAGCUUAACUGCUGUUUGAGGCCCCUGUUGCUGCACACUCACAUGUUACAUCAAGGCUUUGUCUGUGAUUGAAGGUGACACUAAGCCUGUCAGUUUGGAAAGUAGGUUUGCACGUCAGCCUGAAUGUGCUGUGAUGUCUACGUCACUGAACAGGACAAUGUGGGAAAAUGAAGGGAGGGGAGGGAGUUAGAGGAGAAAAGAAGCUGAACCUCUGACUGUUAGGAAGAAGAAAAGUGCCUGACAACACAGUGUGGUUCCAGCUUCUUAGGAUUUUUUCUAAAAGAUAUUUGGAAUACUCUCUUGUUUCGGUCCUCAGGGUUUUCAGGGCUUAUAAGUCCCAGUUAAGAUGAGCUGUAUUCCUGCCUCUCACAGUAUGAACACUAUUCUCAGUCAAGUGGAAUCUCAGUUGGAGGAGAGUCCAGUUCAGAGAAGAGGGAGCAAAGCCUACCAGAUCUUCCCGGAAGCCAACAUGAAUGAAGAGUCAGAUUCCGGCACCUAUACUGAAGACUUUCUUUACAGAAGGGAACGUCUCCCCUCUAUAGUUGUGGAGCCCACAGAGCACAAUGAGCUGGAGAGUGGGGAGCUGUGCUGGCCUCCACGAUGUCUAAUGAGCAGCAAUGUGGAAGAAGAGGAAGAGGAAGACAGCAGUGCUGAUCACACAGAGGGCUCUGUGAAUGGAGAUCAGCCAGAUGACAUGGGGUUGAAAGAAGGGUUAGUUACCAGAAAGUCCUCUAUCGGCCCAUCCCAGAGUCAACUGUCCCUCUCUCGACUGACUCCACCUGCCUCCCCAACUCCCCCUGAGGCUGCUCCACCUUAUCUUAGGAGCUGAACCUGACAACCAGUAUGUACAGAUACUGGGUUCACCUGAGGUGUAUGUAACCUUUAUAAUGUGCAACCUCUGUGUGUUUGACUACCCCAAUAAAACAGAGACCUUUGUGAAGGUUGAGAUGUUUACACAUUUGAAAAUGUUUGGACAGAAUAAGGUCCAUUUUGAAAUAACGAUGAACUAAACUGAUUCCAGUAUUGCAGUUUUUGGAUUGUGACUUCUAAUUUAAAAUAUUCUAUGGUUAAGUAGUGUACUUUCCUCCUUCUGUAUCUGACACAGCAGUAUGGGCAGAAGGUAACCAGACACUGUAGCAACAACUUACAGGAAUUUUCUGUUUUUAUUUUUGUCAUUGUCAUUGCGCAAAGUACAAGGAGAGUGACAUGCAAUCCUUCAGGUGCCAGAGAAAUAUUAAGAGAGACAUUGAAAAUAGUAAAGAAAAAAAAGCUGCAUCUAAAACGAUAAAAGACAUCAAACAAACAAAACAUGCACAUCCUCCAGAUAUUGCACGUUUCAUCAAUAUUGCAUAGUGGGUGUUACAAGAUAAUUCAACCUUUUGCUGCAUUCAGCGCAGUUACAACUCUGGUAUAAAAAAGUUCUUUAACUUGUCAAUAUCUCAGGCAUACCUUUCAUGGAUCAAAGGAAGAAGGACACCUCUAUCCUCUGCAACUACAGUCCAGAGGGAAUAGUUGUUGUGACCUAUGUGGGUGUUUAAGAAGACUGUCCCAAAGGUUAAGUUGAGGGGUAAGACUAAUGAGUCUGAAUCAUACAUAUUUGAAGUUCUGAAAAGAAUGGAUUGUGGGGUCUUCAAAGACUAACAUUUUGUUUCAGCAUUAAAUACUGUUGAAUUACAUUGUGAAAUAAAUCAAUGCUGAUUCUCUUCUCUUCUCUAAGUUCUCUUUAACACAAUUUAGACCAUGUUGGGGAAACCACAGCCAACUUCAAAAACUAACCACUGAAAAGAUUUACUGCAGCACUUAAGAUGACCUUAUCAUUGGAUAUAUCCUUGGCCUGAUCAGAUCAGACCAUUUGAAACACUAGAAUCCAUUCAAGAAAGUUGCAUAACUAGUGUAAUAUUUAAAAAAAAGUGAAAAGAAUGUAAUCACUGUGACUGCUGAGCAAGCUUCUGCUCCAGAAGUUCCUGAAUUAUUACAACAACAUUUUCAGAAUUUUUCAGAAAUGCAUUAAUUUAAUUGGAGUAUGUCCUUUUUCAAGCCUGUUUUGUUGACUGAGUUUGGUGAGAAUUCCUGAAUAUGAUGAAACAUUAAUAAAUAUUACAUCCUGCUAUAGUCUGAGAUGGACACAGCUGUUUAAUCUAGCUAUAACUCUAGGCACAAAGUGAAGAAACCAGAACUUGUGUAUUAUGUUUCCUUGGCAUGUUUUCCUCGGCCUCUCUGCACCCUGCCUUCAUAUAUUGAAAGGUCAUUUAUUUCAUUUAUGGUCUCAUGCAUAAGGUCAUUAUAUGAAUAAAUCUACCCUGAGAGGUGUAGAAAGAGCAUUAAUUGUUUGGACUAUACAGAGAUCUGCCUUGGUCUAAAAAUUAAGUUCCGUAUCAGUAAAGUCAAAUCAAAAUAAAAACUGCACACAUACAAGAAAUGAUAAUAUGCCAGUAGCAAGUUUUUGCUGUGCCUUUAGGUAUUGCUAGCAGUCAGCUAGUAUAAAGCAGAUCAUGUACAUCCAAAUAUUCCCACAAAUUUCUUCAAAAAAACAGCAGUUUAAGCCUUCUGCCAUUUGAUGUUUUUUCCCCCUUCUCCUGACACUCUUGUUUGUAGUGAAUUGUAA